UUGAGCGCGCGCGUGUCGUAACGUCAUUCAAAAUGGCGGACGCAAACACGGCUGGCAUGAGCAAAGAAAGGCGGUUUCUGUUGCAGUGCAUUCGUUUAUACCGUGAUUUACCAGCACUGUGGAAUGUUAAAAGCAAAGUAUACCACGUCCGUGCGAAAAAGGAUAUGGCUUAUAAAAUACUGUUACGCAAGUACCGGGAAUGGUUUCCCGAAGCGACUAGAGACGACUUGAAAAGGAAGUUCAACGCAUUGAGAACUAACUAUCGUAAGGAAUUGAGAAAACAAAUGGAAGCAUUGAAAUCUGACACCGAUCCUGUAUACGAGCCGUCGUUAUGGUACUAUAAAGAACUGGCUUUCUUAGAUGAAAAAAAAGAAACUGAUUCACAUGUUACUACGGAUGGUACUGUUAUUCUUGAUGAUGACGAGGGACCUAACAUUGAAAGUCAUGCCUCAACAUCUGCCAUGAGAGAUUCUACGCCCCGUGACAUGACUCCACGUCCUGUCAAAAAGAAACACCAACACAACUUACAUGAUGAUCAGAAGCUAAUGAAUUUGGAAAAUGAGAAUCUCAGCGAUAGAAAAGACGAAUACUACCACUGGGCUAUGGCUUGUGCUGCUGAUCUACGUAAAAUGGAACGAACUCAACAGCUCUUCGCUAAGAAAGCGAUCGCAGAAAUACUAAUGGAGGGCCAAUUGGGAGAGCUGAACCGUUUCUCUGUUAAAGUAAAUGAAUCUCAAGUUUAUAGCCAAAAUAGCCAAUCUCCAGCUGGGCAUUUUAGCUCUACGCCGUCAUCUUCGUAUAUUCCCUGUGAGAUGGAUUGCGAAACUAAAGUUUUGGUACGAAACCCAUUGGGACACGUCGAAUCCUUUAUUGUAGAACAAUAAAAAAUUAAAUU